AUGUUUCCGUGGCUUUUUCCUUAUGGCCUCGGGGGAGUUGAAAAUCCUCUUAUAAAAACCCGUCUUGAUCGGGCUAUACACAUCAGGUCAUUACUGUAUUAUGCCGACCGCCGUUUUCAAACGGACUAUUAUUUCCCGUUCAUUGUCUUCAAUCAACAGCAGAUCCGAGAUUCAACAAGAGGCGGUUAUUUGUUGACAGAGCGUCGGAACUUUCACGAGGUGGCAGACCGCGUACUAUCUGUGAAACCAGACGUUCUCCAGCGGCUUGUUGAUCGGGGUAAAGAUGGAGUUUAUCUCCGUCCUGUGGAUGAGGAUGAAGAAAAGUGUUUUGAACUAAUAUCGAUUCUUGAUUAUGUCGCUGGGCAUGUAGAUGGGUCAUCUGCGAAACGCAAACAGCUUAGAAAUGAAAUUCAAAGUCUCAUUAUUGCACGCAAUGUACCACUCUUCUUCAUUACAUUUUCGCCCGUCGAUAUCAACCAUCCUCUCUGCCUAUACUACUGUGGUCAGACAAUUGAUAUCUUUGAUCCAUGCAGCCUGUAUCCUCGAUAUGCUGAGAGGCUGCACCUCAUUGCUGACAAUCCGGUCGCUUGCGCUCGUUUUUUCGACUUCAUGGUGAAUUCAUUCAUUACGCACAUCUUGCGAAUCGGCUCGGACAACGAUGGCCUGUUUGGGCGUACAUCUGCCUACUACGGUACUGUUGAA